AGGGUGCGGUCGUGGGUCAAGAUGGCGACGUUUUGAAAACAAAAUUUAAGCUCGCCUUAGUGUUUACGCUUCCGUUUUCGUUUCUGCUCGAUUAUCGUAUUGAAUAUUUCCGAACGGAAGUAGCUUUAUCGCUUUUUUAAAGGUGUGACCGCUUCUUCCGAUCGUUUUAAUCACAUAGGAAGUCAUUCGAUACGAAGAUAGAAACAGGAAAUUAUGACGACUUUAAGGAUAUGGCUGCUUCUUACAAUAUAUAUCCCCGUGCUGCAUGUGACUUUGGUAAUAGCGGCAGUUCAGUAUCCUCCUACCAUGAUCAAACAGCCACCUUAUGAACAGUUGUAUCAAGUUGUACAGAAUCAGGACGAACGUGAUAAGCCAUUUACUUUAGAAUGUGAAGCUGAUGGAAAUCCCGAACCUGUGUACCGAUGGAAUAAAAAUGGGUUGGAAUUUGAUUACGUAUCCUAUGAUAAGCGAAUCAGUCAACAGCCCAGACGAGGGACACUAGUAUUUACAAAACCUGAAAGUAUCGAUGAAGGUCUUUAUCAGUGUUUUGCCGAAAAUAUUCACGGUACAUCAGUUUCAAAUUCAGUUUUCUUAAGAAAAUCUGAACUGAAUUCAUUUCCUGAUACAGAAAGAAAAGUACAAGAAGUAAAAGAAGGUCAACCAUUAACUUUAUACUGUAGUCCACCAACUGGAUAUCCAAAACCAAGUAUAUUUUGGUUAAUGGUAUCUAAUAGUGGAGCUUUACAUACUAUUAAUAGUUCAAGACUUACUGUUGAUCCAGAAGGAAAUUUACAUUUUUCAAAUGUAACUCGUGAGGAUUCUGUAAAAGACCAAUAUUAUGCAUGUAGUGCAACGUCAUUUUUUCGAAAUGAAUACAAAUUAGGUAAUAAAAUUUCACUGAAUGUCCAAGAUACUGGAGGUUCAGGUCAAGCCAGCUAUGAACCAACAAAACAGUAUGUUUCACCACCAGCAAUUAUUGCUUUGCGAGGUCAAUCAGUGGUACUCAGUUGUAUUUUCGGCGGAACGCCAAUACCACAAAUAGAUUGGAGGAGAAAAAAUGGAAACCUUCAUUCGGGUAGAUAUCAGCAUGAACAAUAUGGAAGAGCUCUGAAGAUUUCAUCCGUUACGCUUGAAGACGAAGGUAUAUAUGAAUGUACAGCCAGUAAUGGAAAUGGAAAACCUCAAAGUCAUGCAAUGAAUGUGACUGUUCAAGCUGCACCUUAUUGGAUUGAAGCGCCAAAUAAUACAAAUGAAGCAGAAGGUGAAUCUGUAAAAUUUGUAUGUCAUGCAGAAGGAAUUCCUGAACCAAAACUUCAAUGGUUUAUAAAUGGAGAACCAAUAGAGAAGGUUAAAACAAAUGAAAGAAGAAGUGUUCAUGGAAAUGUUUUAAUUAUUGAUAAUCUAGAAAAAAUUGACACUGCUGUGUAUCAGUGUAAUGCAUCAAAUAUUCAUGGUUACGUGUUUCGUGAUUUCUAUUUAAAUGUUUUAGCAUUACCUCCUACCAUAACUAAUCCCCCAGAAAAGCUAGUAAAAGCAGUAGUUACAUCGACAGUAGUGCUACGCUGUAAAGUAUUUGGUGCACCUCGACCCGAUGUUAAAUGGAUCAAGAAUGGACAGGAAUUAACAGGAGGAAGAUAUCAGGUUAUUGAAGAUGGGAAUCUUGAAAUUAAAAAUGUGUUAGUUACAGAUCAGGGAGAUUAUACUUGUUAUGCAAGAAAUAAAUUUGGUGAAGCCGAAGAACAUGGACGAUUAGAAGUAAAAAGUAAAACAAAAAUAAUUCAACCUCCAGAAAAUUUUGAAGUUGCAGCAGGCAAAUCUGCAACAUUCAGAUGUAAUGCAGAAGCUGAUCCUACUUUAGAAUUAAGGAUAAUAUGGCUCUUUAAUGAACAACCAAUAGAUUUUGAUCAAGAUCCUCGCAUGGUCCAGGCAUCUGAUAAUUCAUUAACAAUAACAAAAACAAUUGAAUUAGAUUCUGGUAUAUACACAUGCUUAGCACAGACCGAUUUAGACCAAGACAAGUCUUCGGCAACUCUUACUGUUCAAGAUGUGCCUAAUCCACCAAAAGUAACAAAAGUGACAUGUGCUGGAUUAUCAGCUACUCUUGAAUGGCAGCCAAUGGGAGAUAGAAGAGCUCCAAUUUUGAGCUAUACAAUACAGUAUAAUACUAGUUUUCAACAAGACAGCUGGACAAAUUCUUUCACAGAUGUUCCUGCAUCUGACAAACUACUGAGAUUACCAAUGUCACCAUGGGCUAAUUAUACAUUUCGUGUAAUAGCACGAAACAAAAUUGGGCCCAGUUUGCCAAGUGCCCCUUCCGAUAGAUGUGAAACACCAACAGAUGUGCCAUAUAAAAACCCAGACAAAGUAGAAGGUUAUGGAACAGAACCUGACAACUUGAUCAUAUCAUGGACUCCAAUGCCACUAAUUGAUCAGAAUGCUCCGGGAUUUUUUUACAAAGUAUUUUGGAAACGUGAAGAUAUCAAACAUGCUGCGUGGGAAUAUGAAAAAAUAACUGAUUGGAAACAAAAUCAGUUUAUUGUAUAUAAUCAACCAACAUUUAAACCGUAUCGAAUUAAAGUUGAAGCACACAAUCAAAGAGGACAAGCAAAUGUUAUACCAACUGAAAUAAUUGGAUAUUCUGGAGAAGAUGUACCAGAAGAAGCACCAAAAAAUUUUCACGUGGUGGACGUAAAGGAUGCUCGAUCUGCUUUGAUGGCUUGGAAUCAUGUGCCUAAACACACAGUUCGUGGACAUUUUAAAGGCUACAAGAUUCAAGCUUGGACUCCUGAAGAAGGAGAAGAACACGUGAGGGAAGAAAUAGUUGGUCCCGAAAAAAAUGAAUCUCUUGUUAGUAUCCUUCGUCCAAAUGCAGAAAAUAAAGUUGCUAUAUUUGUUUUUAAUGAGAGAUAUACUGGACCACGAUCAGAAGUAAUUCAAUUUCGUACACCAGAAGGAACUCCCGGCCCAGUUGCUAGUUUUGAUGCCGUGCCACUGGGUGCAAGCGCAUUUUAUCUGAUAUGGAAAAGACCAUUAGAACCAAAUGGAAAUUUAACUGGCUAUAGGAUAUAUUAUGAAGAAGUACAUGGAACUGCUCUAGGUCCAAAAAUAGAGCGAAAACCUCCUAUCACUAUGCCAAUAGAAACGAGAGCGAAAUUAGCUGGGCUCAAACCAAAUACAAAAUACAGAAUAACUAUCUAUGCAACUACAAAAGUAGGACAAGGAAUGCCUUAUUUCAUUGAACUUAAAACAAAUAAAGAAUCGGAUAUCCCUCCUGAUGCACCAAAUUUUAAGUGGUAUAAUUUACCAGAUGAAGAAGGUAAAGCAGGUGUUCUUGUCACUUGGAUGCCAGCAGUAGAAGGAAGGCCUGGAAGCCAUUUUUAUGUACAAUAUAGAAGAAAAGGAGAAAAUCAAUGGGAAAGCACACCACCCGAAGAAAUUAAGGAUACUACUGUUGUUAGAGGUCUAGAGUUAGGCACUUUGUAUGAAAUGAGGGUGGUGUCUGUCGACGGUACCUAUCACGUACCUAGUAAAAUAGAGGAAAUUGAUACGGGUGACUUAACUAUUGCAGCUCCCGAUUCUGCUGAUAAUGUGGCAACCGCUGCAUGGUUUAUCGGAAUGAUGUGUGCCAUUGCUUUGUUACUAUUACUCUUAAUUAUUGUGUGUCUCAUAAAAAGAAACAGAGGAGGAAAGUAUUCUGUUCACGAAAAGGAAGCUGCUCAAGGACACGAUCUUGAUUAUCCAGACGAUGGAGGUUUUAAUGAAUACACUAAACCAAGGAUAGACAACCAAAAUAUUCCUAGGGGAAGUAGAAUGUCGUUAAGCAGUAGUUUAAAAGGUGCGGAAAGUGAUACGGAUAGUAUGGCAGACUACGGCGAGGGAGAAACAGGACAGUUUGGAGAAGACGGUUCUUUCAUAGGUCAAUACGGUGCAAAAAAGAAGAAAGAAGAACCGACAUCUCCAUCAGCCUUAGCUACUUUUGUAUGAUUUCUAGUUGUCCACUAAUGACAGUUUAGACAUUUCAUUCGUAUUGAUCAUUUUCAGUCGGUUCUCGUUGUCAUAAGGUCUUAAUUAAUUUUUGGUUCCAUAGAUUAAUAUGUUUAAAAGUCGACUGCCAAAGAAAUUGAACUAGUAACAUGACAUGCUCAUUAAUAUGUUUAAACUUUGCCUACGUUCACAUUCCGUAUUUUGUUAUGUUAUUUUUAAAUCCUCCUCCUAUUUUCAAUUACAUUUGCGCAGUAUCUACGAACGGUGGUAAGAUACUGAGACAAAUGUUUAAAAGAAAAAUUUAUAUAAAAAAUAUAUAUAUAUUUACAUAUACAUAUAUAUAUUAUAUAUUAAAACGAUAAAAAUAUGAAUAAUUUAUUUUAGAUUUUCCAUGAGAAUGCGUAAGAAAUUGCUAAGUUUGGCAUAAAUCUCAUUCCAUUUUUCUUUUAUUUUUAAACAUUAAUCUGUUAAUGGAAAUUUUCAAAAAACUUACCAUUAAAAUAGCUGCACAUUUUUUCAUUCCUUGUAACUAAUUUUAAUGGCAGCUAUGGUAAUAUCACAGAUUGAUCAUCUUAAUUAAGCAUCCUGAUGGAAAAACUAAGAAAUUUUUGUUUGUACUAAUAUUAUUUAAGUAUGGUGAUUCUUUGAAGUAGACUCUUUUAAAUAUUUUUAAAGCAUACUUUAAGCAUUUAGAAUGUAAAAGGAUCGGCAUUUGGACCACUGACAUUAAAAGUACAAUUUCACAGACUAGACCCACACACACACACACUAUACAUGCCCGUACCUUCUGACGAUACAAAGUACAAAGCAAAGUGAAAUUUAAUCACAAAUUUCUAACGAGGAAAAAAACUUUUAUACGAGACUUUCUAUUUAUCAUCUUAAAUUAUAUCUUUUUUAUUAUAAAAAAUCAUUUUGUACGUAUCGAAACUUUCAUGCAGUUGCGGUACGACGAACACACAGUAUGACGACUACUAAUAAAAAAACAUUUGUUACGACAGGCAAAGGUUGAUCCUGCGUGUACUGUGAUUAUAAUUAUUAUUAAUUUUCAAUUUAAAUGGUGCAGAUAAAUAAUUGCUUAAGUGAUGAUUUGAAUCGCCGAUGAUCAAAAUGAAUUCCGAUGAAGUCGGAGUUGACUUUCGAAUGCAUUAAAGCGGGGUCCUCUUUCUCCAAUAGUUGAAACGCUACAUUAAUUAUAGCAAUGCUAAUUGUUGAUAUAGAUAAAUGUGUUGAUCACAUUAUUUAGGUCUACUUUAUUUAGAAUUCACUAUUAUAAAAUGAAAAAAAAAGUUGUAUUUUUAUAAAUUUGUUCAUUUAGAUGUUUGUUUUUUAUACAUAUUUUUAUAUUGGACAAUUGAUAAAAUAGCAACAGAGAAAAUAUUUUAAGUUUUUAAUGCUAUGAGGUUGCUUAUUUCAUAAAUAUUUUUGCUAUUCACUGUAUAUCUUCGACGUAAAGACAGUCGUAAAGUAUUGUGGUUGUGUUGUUUUAUUAUUCCUUUAUAUGUACUAGAAGCACACACCUUUUUCUCUUUACUUAAACCAUUGGCAAGCGUUUAGUGUCACAAAGUUUACACAGUGGCAAUUGCAUAAGUUUUUGUGAUGCUUUAAUUUAUCAGUUUUGUUUUUUUGUUAUACGUCCCGUUUGUCUUUGGUACGUUUCUGUGCAUUGUUUACACUUCUGUGUUAUGGCAAAAAAAAAACAAUUGCUGUAGCUCUUUCUGAAGCACAAUCGUCUCCAUUUACGUAGGAUAGGUUGCAAGUAUAUGUCUCGUCUGCAGAAUGAUGUGUCUCAGGUAGGCACCGUGUCCCAUUGAUUUCGCAAGUAAGUCUGUGUUACACGCCAUUUUAGUGCUUUAAGACCAAUUUGUUGUGCCGACGUUACGUUGCACGUGACCGGUACCAAAAAAAAAAAAAUUAUAUAUAUAUAUAUAUACUGGCAGGACGUGGAGAAAUGUUGCCUUAAUUAUUAUUUAUAAGAACUAUUUUGCUACAUACGAUUUUAAGAAGUAAAGAGGGACGUUAAAUUUUUCAUUCGUUGCGUGUAAUUCUCUGUAUGGCAUGUCUCGAACUAUGCAUUUUUAACAUUACGUUUUGCCGUUAUUUUGUACAUGACUUUGAAAGUUGUAUCACGAAAGGAUCCACACGGUAUUUUUGAUGUUAGAAAUUAGGUGUAUACAUAAAAAACGGGGGAAAACGCUAUUUUAUUUACAUACUUUGUUGAAGAUCUGAGCAAUUUAGUGUGAUUUUUUUUCUUAUUCUUUGUAUGCGAUUUCAAUCAGGACAAUGCAAAUCGAAGGAAUAACAAAAGCCACUGUUGUCUUCCCAGUCGAUGGUUCCUUAAUUUUCAUGUAAAUCAAACUUUGUAAUGCAAAAUAUGUAUAAACCGAUCAUCUCGUAGAAUAUCGACCGAAAACAAUUUGGUAUUUGGGAGAAUCAAGCUACCGGAAAAUAUCAAUUGUACAGCAUUUAUACGAACAGUAUUGUGUUAUUUUGUAUAAAAUGAUAAGCGAUCGUUUUAUCAUACGAAAUUUAAUUAACCGUUAGAAUUUCUUUGUUAAAUAUUGUAAUUUUUUAUUUUGUAUUAUUUUAUAAGACGAUUCGAUGUGGUAAAAAAAAGUUUAAUCUCUCAUCUAUUGUUUUCUUUAUCGAAUCGAAUAAAUAAAUCAGCAGGGACCCAGUACGAGAGUACAUCAUAUUUUGCUACUUGCCAUGACAAUGUACACUGCCAGUGUACCCUGUUGAUAACAAAAGCUCCCAAUAAAUAUUUGUCUUGGUAUUUAA